AUGAAGUUGAUGCAUUCGCCGCAGGGGUUGACGGAUGCGAACGAGGAGACGCUGCAGGAAUGUUUACGCAUCCAGAAACUCGCCCGUGCCGUCGACGAACUGGUUGCGUGGGACUUCAUCAUGGACGAAAAGGAGGCAAUCCUCGCGGAGCUGGAGAGAGCUGUAGAGGACGCUGAGCAAGAACUGCAGCGGGCCGACGUGGGGCUCGAGCGGCAGCGCCAGCGCUGCGCCCUCAUCUCCAUCGGGCCGCAUGACGCAAGUGGUGAAACAACGCGGCGGCCGUACGCAGCGAGGGGCGAGGAUAGUGCGCUGAUCGCGUUGUGGCAGGCGCAGGGCGACGCGUUCAUUCAGCAGUACGAGCGGCACUUGACGAGGUACAAGCGGCUGUGGCUCAAGCUGCAACUACAAGAAGACGAGUUGACGCCCGAUAGUGAAAACAAUGACAAGGAUGCGGAUUGA